GAGUGGGCCAGUGAAAUGGGGGGACAAUGGUAAAAAGAGUCUUUGGCGAGGAAGUAAUAAUAAUAAUAAAACAAUCCGAGAUGUGGCGCGAAGUGUGUAAUUUACUGGUGUGCUAUCAGCAUUAGAAAACUGGUAUUUGAGGUUUACGAGUCGCCCUUAACUGCAAAGAGCUAUAGUGUUAUUGUUUUUUUUUCUUCGCAGCAAUCUAAAAUGGAGGAGCUCUGCUGUGGCAAUGGGCAGUUCUUACGCUUAUUCGUUUGAGAGAUAUACAUACGUUUAUUUUUACUUAAUGGACCGAAAGGACAUUAAAAGAUGAAAAUAUCAAUAACUGACCAGGCAAAUGCUUUAGUUAAUAGAGUUUAACGUGCCGGUUUGAUGUGGUGUUUUUGUAACUAGUCGCGGUUUAAAACGAAGCGCGGUGGAUGGUUCGCUCACUUGCGUCGUCGGCGCUUUUUAAGACAUUAGAUCGCCGACGUAAUCGGGGGUGAGCGACGUUUGUUCGCCGUAGUCUGAUCGAGGUAUGAUUCUAGAAAAUGGAGGCGAUUUUCUGCGGAGAAACGAGAAGGGGGAAGCGACUUUAACCGAGGGAAAAAAAAACACACGGCAUAUCAGGUUGGCCCAGUGACUAAACAACAAGGAUGAAGAGUGACAGUUGACCUCCCAUCGCACCCGCCCAUCCCAAAUAAACAAAUGUUUUUGUGGGAGAUCUCAAAGCAUUCGGACUCUACUGGGCGUCUACCUUACAGCUAGCUGAUAAGCAUUUUUCAUUUAACAAGCGAUCGCAGCCAGGUGUGGGAGGCGGCUAGGCCGCUCGCUUGGGAGUCAGGGGGGUGGUGUUUGCUCGCCAUGAAUAUGAGAUCCACUGUGUUUGCCACUGCGGGAUACAAGCUGGACACGGAGAUAAACGACAAACCCCAGACGGGACCCGGCAACUCGGUCAGCAUAAAGAGAGAGUGCAGCUUCGGGGACGACCUCCACGACGUGCUGGGGGACAUCAGGAACAGCGGCGACCAAAAACCGCACGGCAAGUCCAGGAAACUCAGCCUCGGUCACGCCGGCAGAGCUGGCCGGAGCCUUGCGGUGGGGGGACAGAACAAGCCCGGCGCCGCAGAGGGACAAGAGGAGAACUGGGUAAACGCGGGGACCCUGACAGUCCCGGCUAAACAGAUGGGGGGCGAGGGCACCCCGGUGAAGAGUAAAACGUUGUUCGGAUAUAACAACAGUAUGGACAAAAUAGAAGUGACUGCGGCAAACGCUAACAAUAGCUCCAGGGAUGUUAGCACGGAGGGUGGCGACAGAGUGGCUGCCGCAGGACCUUUUAACAUCUCUCCGCUGGAGCUCGGAUCGGAGGGAAAGUGGAAAAGCGUGAGGAAAAGCAGCAGCCACUCCCCCGCGCAGGCCACCUGCCUCCGACAGAUUCUCCUGCUGCAGCUGGAUCUGAUCGAGCAGCAGCAACAGCAGCUGCAGUCCAAGGACAAGGAGAUAGAUGAGCUGAAAGCGGACAAGGAGACGCUGCUGGCACGGAUUGAGCGCAUGGAGCGCCGCUUACAGCUGGUGAAAAAGGAUUCACGUGACAAGCGCCUCUUCCAGCCUCUCGAACCCUGGACACCAGACAAGGAUGAUGACUUAGAGGGUAUAGCUGGUGACAGUACACCAGUAUAUACCCCGAAGACCCCGUCAUUUGGCCGAGGUGGCAAAGGCCAUAAAAGGAAGUUCUGUUUUCUGGAAUCCAAGACACAGAAGUCUCGGGGAAAAUCAAAAUUUUCGCCCCAAAAGUUAGAGACUGAAGGCUUCCAAAGGGAGUUGCGCAGCAAAGAGACUCCAGAGAAGGUGGGGGUUGGACAACCUCCAAGUCCACCUCAGUCCAAAGAGUUACCACAAAGCUCUGCUCAGAUGGAGGAACUUCCCUACAUGUCUACUACAGAGAUGUACCUGUGUCGCUGGCAUCAGCCACCCCCCUCUCCUUUGCGUGAGCCCUCCCCCAAGAAGGAGGAAGUUGUGGCUAUCCCAUCUUGGAGAGAAAAUACCAUGGUCCCCCUGGAAAAAGAAGCAGUCUCUGACAUCCCAGAGAAUUUGGAUGAUGGUGUUUUUUUGAAACGACACGCGAAGCUGGAACUGGAUGAAAAAAGAAGGAAAAGAUGGGACAUCCAGCGGAUUCGUGAGCAGCGCAUGUUCCAGCGGCUGCAGCAGCGCAUGAACAAGAAGAAGGGCAUUCAGGAAAGUGAGCCGGAGGUGUCCUCAUUCUACCCCGAUGCCGAAGAUGUGGAGUCACUACUGAUCACACCCUUCCUGCCUGUGGUGGCAUUUGGACGACCGCUGCCCAAACUGACUCAACAGAACUUUGAACUUCCCUGGCUUGAUGAACGCAGCCGCUGUCGCAUAGAAAUGCAGAAGAAACAGACUCCACACAGAACUUGUCGGAAGUGAGGGAUCCUCAAGCCAAGCAAGAUUAAAAUCUCGCAGAACGAGAUUCUUCUAAGAAUGAACUGGAGUGUGCACAAAAAUACCCACUGUUGUAGCAUGUAACAUGCCCUCUUUGGCAUGUCCGUCCUUCAGAACAGAUUUCCUCAAAUGUCAUGAGAACAGAGACUCUCCUAGGGAGGCGUACCUGGCCUUGUGGUAGUUCUGGUUGAAAACAGCUACAUUAUAUAUGCCACACAUGUAACAAUGGAUUUGUGUUUGUUAAAAAAUAAACUUACAAUAUUUGGUUUGUAACCAGAUAUCCCAGCAUUUGGUUAUCUUUUUGUAAUAUGGUCUCUAAAAAGCUUCAGCCUCUUAACACCGAAUUAAGCCUCCCAAAGUCAAUCACCCUGCCUGAUUAUACAGUUAAACUUUAAACAGUGAGGGCUGUGUGAACUUAAGAUGCCGAAAAUUCCCCAUUCCGUUUUGAUUCGUUGAUGUACAUUUACAUCAAUGUAGGACUAGUCAUGAGUCCAUACAAUGGAAAUGCUUUGCAAAAAAGGAUACCACAAGUUCCACUAGCGUAGCAGUUGUGAAAGUUUUGCCUUACAACUGAAAUGGGCUGCGAUGUAUGGCAUAAGCAUAUUGUACUUAACAUCAGUGAUAUUUGGUAUUUUGGAAAUAUAACGCGUAGUGUUUUUGUUUUACAUUUAUUAUGAGUGUAGUAAAUUUAAAGGCAAGAUUAUAACCCUGGGUUAUAAUGACCUUGCAUCAAUAAGCUAUCAGCCUUGGUUGCUGUAAUGUUCUUACUAACAUUGCAAACGUUUGAUACUGAUUGUGCUCCACAGGGGUCUUUAACAUGGCGGUGAAUGUCUUUGGCAGUGUGGAGCACCAUCCAGCAAUGUACAUGAGCGCAAUAUUUCCAUUUCUAAAAUGUAAAUGUGUACAACAGUAGCUGAUGUUGGUGAAAACCCAUAAAGAAUGAUGCUUUAUUAUGCAGAUAUUUGCCACACAAGGGCCGCAUUUCCCGCCUAUAUUUGGACCUUUUUGUUAUUCUGUAGAUAUUUAGCAUAUUUGAUCUGAAUUGGCUGCUGAGCUGGGCUGGCAAAUUUUAUUUUCGUUGUGGAAAACCAGCAGAGGAAAACAUACAUGAAACUGUCUGAUUUUCUUUGAUAAUGACCUGGAAUGUGUCAAGUUAAAUAACACAGGGUUAAGAUGACGGUUACUCUAAAAGGGAUGGUCCAUGUAUGUGGUGAACAAUGUAAUAGCUGAGGUACCCUUCUCUGUGAAGAUGCUUAGAAAAAUAUACCCCCCCCCCCCCCCCCCGAGAUGGUCUGCAGCAAUGCUGACAGCAAACACAAGUGUGUUCAUUUCAUCUGUUCAUAUUGUCCUUUGGUAGUCCUGAGAAACUGAUUCAUAUUAAGAAGGUUUAUCCUAUUUCUCAACUUUUAGAAACAAUUUUUGUGGCUCAUUACUGACUUUCAUUUCAUAAGGCUGUAUAUUUUUUGUGUGUAACUUCUUUCUGAUGUGUCCCAAAACUUCACAGCUUUUCAUCUUAAACACUCUUCUAAAUUCAAAAAUGUCGUAAGCUGAACACCUCUGCUAUCUUAAAUUUCCAGCAUACAGUCUUGUAAAUGGACGGUAUUUUGUGACAAGCAGUACCAGUGAUGUUUGGGCCAUUUAAUAAGCACUGCUGAACUCUUCUUUUGUUCUCACUUAGCAAUGCUUUCUGAUAUGUGCCUGGGUCAUGUUGAAACUGUUUGUUAAAUGCGUUGUGUUGUCAUAUUGCUUGACCAUUUGAAACUGGUGGAUUGACCCCUGCAAUUCUACAGAAAUCAAGUUAAAUUUUUGAAGCGCAAAGUCAGUUCCUAUGUACAUAACCUGAAACAAAAUGCUGUAUAUAUGGAAGACAUGCCUGUUAUUUUUAUAUUAUUUAAAGUUUGAGUGUUAAGUAUGUUCAGUAUUGAUAUUCUUUAAAAAGAGCUUGUAUGUUGAUAAAUUGACAAGUUUGUUUUGCAAUAAAAUACAAAAAUUGAGAAUGUAUAUCUUA